AUGGAUCCCGGCGGAAGUGAACUGGACUCCAGCAUACCCCAGCCGGAGAACCCGUGUCUCAUCGUGGAGGACUCGCAGCCGGACAGCGUCGCCUUGGAAGACGACCCCGAGAGCAGCUACCGAGCUGUGCUGGCCCGGCGUCUAUCAAACCUUCAGCCGAGCGGCUGUAGCCCUGUCCUGGAGUUGAUAUCGUCACCCCCAGGAAGUAGAGCCUCUCAGACUGAUAGCCAAUCAGAGAACUACCACAGCAACGGUCAGGCUGGUCCUGGCAUUGUUGCCCUGCCCAACCACAGUUCAGAAUGCCAAGAAGAGAGUCAAGAAGAAGAGAGUCAAGUUUUCAUCUUUAAUCCCCCUCUAAACAAACUAAAGGGUAAUUUGCCAAUUGAUUCUGAUUCCACAACACCCUGUGAUCCAGCUGAAGAUGGAAACUCGCAGUUUGGUUUCCUAGCGCUUUCUCAGAGUCAAGAUCUUGUUAUUGAUGAAGUGAACAGUCAGAAGGGAGAUGAGUGUGAAAAGUCCGCAGUAGUAGUUGAGACACACUCCAAAUUAGGUAUUAGCAUCGUAACGUCACAGGAUCUGCUACGCAAAGUAGUCAGAUCUGAGGUGAGCUCCAGCAGCCAGUCAGGUCAAACACUGAAUGUUCAGGUGCUACUGCACUCACAGCGUCUCCAGGACACUGAUGAGGUAGAACAGCGGGACCAUGAAGUAAUUUCAUCUCAGCAGGACAUGUUUGAUACUGACAAGACAGGGGCGACAGUGGACAGUACUGUGUCUGAGCCAGAGCAACAAGGUCGCCCUACCUCAACACCAGCCCACACUCUGCAGCUCCUGCAUCUUUCUGGACAGAGAACAUUAGCGCAACAGAGUUUAUCCCAAAGCUCCGUUGAUUAUGUCGGCCCAACUCCAGACAACUUUCCCAACACUCCUUUGAUUAUCCCUAACUCACCAACUGUAGCAGACAGCCAACAUGGUGCUGAUGAUCCUAUGGAUACCUGCCAGCCUCCAGAAGACCCGGAGAAGGAAAAAGUGCAAAUGGAAACAAAGGCCUCUUCCAAAAUGGCACCUCCCACCUCAAAUCCUGUAUCUCAGAGUUCUCCUGGUUUUGUGUUAGAGAAGCCACUCUCUUUACCCUCACAGCCUGAGUUCUCACACGAUGUGUUUGUCCCAACACUCAGUCAGGAGACUCCACAACCAUCUAAUAACAAGAGCCAGUCCUUGUCUCUCAAGUCUGCUCACCAAGAAUCGCCUGCUGCUUUCUCCUUGCCUUUACAGCUCUCUGUGAACAUAGACAACACCAACUCUGCUCAAGAACUUUCUGAAGAGAUUUUAGAGGAAUCCCAGGAUACACAGAUAGAAGAAUUGGAAGAGCAGCAGCCUAGAGUAGAUACUACUGACAAAGUGUUUCCACGCCCUGAUCAGAGAAGCGAGUGCAACGGCAUUCAAACUAAAUCACAAAGUGCUAACAGUCCCAAACCUUGUAGUCCAAGUCCUUUUUCGAAUGUACCUAACUUGAAUGCAAAAGUCUGUGUGUCUGAUAACAAAGUGGCAAGUCCUAGGAAUGUAUUUUGUUCCCAAUCCAAGCAAGAACCUUCAGAUAUGAAUCCCAACAUUUCUCCGUGUGAGACUCCCUCAGACGUGACGCCAUGCAGUCUGGGCUCGCAGUCAGUGAUCUCCCAUAUGUCUGUCUUGGAGCCUGCAAAGGGUAACAUGAAUGCAAAAGAGAGUGUAAAAAGUCAGUCAAGGCCACUGUCCCAGAACUUUGAAUCCAUUCAUAGUAACACAACCAAAGUAGAAAUUCGUAAAGCUGCAGAAGUUGAAGAAGCAGCCUCAGAGAAAGAGGACGUAGCGAUGGACCAAGAAAGCAAUGUGGAAGGCGGUGUUAAGAGUAUAAAUUUAGUUCUGUCUCAAAGCGAGCUAAUGUCUUCCGGAGAUAAGGAAAAGAUGAUAAGUGCAGAUGGAGAAAAAAAUGUUGUCAGGGUUGCAGAGAGCAAUGGAGACUUGAAAGCUCCUCCUAAAACUAUGUCACAACUGUCAAAAGACCCAAGUUCCUGUUCAAACACUGGCAAUGUUUCUACGUCCACGGAUGGCCAUAAGACAAUGGUGCAAGAAGCAGAGGGACACAAAGAUAAGAGCUUAAGUGAUAGCUCAGGAGAGAUGUCCUUCCAUUUCACACUACCUAAGGAUGGUGAAUUGAUUGGUCCAGUUGUUGGAGUAACACCCCCUCUAAUUAACGAGCUGAAGAGGACGCUCAGACACAGCACUCCCAUCGAGACUUUUGGUGAGAAGUCAGAGGCUGCCGCUAGUUCUGAUGUAGUUAUGGUAGCCAAAGACAACGUUCCAGAAGUUAGGGGGGACGACUCAGCAGAGAUGGGGGACAAUAGGCUGAGUUUGAGAAUGAAGUUAGUGACCCCGGUUGAAGAGGGUAGCUCAGAACACUUCAGUCUGCAGAAACCAGCAAUAUCAGAAGAGGAUGAAUCUGUUGCAAAUGUCACCAAUGUUGCCAAGGCUGAAACCAGUCCGUCAGUGUUCAGUCGUGUCAGGCAAGUGCACAGACAGAAGGAAGCAGAGGAUGAAGAUGGCUGUCUGACUGAAGGCUUAAACAUACCUGUUCGGGGACAGCUGUUCACCUCCCCAUUAAGAAGCUCCCAGACUUCAUCAAUAGAAUGUAACAGCCUACUUAAUAGCCAGUCAGAGCCUUUACAACAGGAAAUGGAAAUGCCACAGAAGGCUCCAAAAGAAAGGCAAGCUGAGCCAACUGAAGAGGGGCAAGCACCAGAGCUGUCUGUUCCACAGCAGAAGGACUCGUCUGAGGAGACAGACAGCACUAUUGCUGCUAGCCCUUCUGACAAGCGGUCGACUCCUCAGAAAACCAGCUAUGCUACACCUAUGCAGUGUUCGCCCACUGGGAAGGGCGAACCAGAGACCCCACCUUUUCGAAGGACCUCUGGCCCCUCCCACCGCAGACACGUGCGCACCAUCCAGGAAGUGCGGACGACCAUCACGCGAAUCAUUACAGAUGUUUAUUAUGAGGAUGGCAAAGAGGUGGAUCGCAAAGUCACCGAGGAGAGCGAGGACCCAGUUGUGGACUGUCAUGUGUUGGACAGUGACAUUUCCCCGUGCCGCACAAUCAGCAGCUCACUGACUUCUGGAGAUCUUGGUGACAUUAGCUCCAUGUCAUCCAAGGCCUCCAGCCUGCAACAAAGUUCUGGAGGAGCGAGUUGCACCAGUGCUGGUCCAUCCAGGCCAGAAUUCAUCAUGCCGCCUAGCCGAAGAAACAAAUCUGUCAGUCCCAAAAAGGGAAGCAAUCAAAAACGGAAGGGUCAUAGGGGUCAAAAGGCAGGGUCAGUGGUCACAAAAGACUGUGGUAACGGUACCCUCAAGUCCGAGGAUUUAGCUCCAAGUACCUCAAGAGGACAGGCUAAACGUGGACGGCCCUCGUCCAGGGCUGGAGGUUCUAGUUCACUUUUGCGGCUCAGCGCUCAAGAUCAACCUAUGUCCUCUUCAGAGGAUGAAACUUACACCCACAUACCGCCCCCACGCGUGCCCGUCAUCCCCACAGAUAAUGAGGUCCCAUGCCACUCCAGCUCCCUCCGGUCAUCCCCAGAGGAAGCGAGCUCUGCUGGAGGUAGCUUUGUGGGACUUCGAGUCGUAGCCAAGUGGUUUUCCAAUGGCUACUUCUACUCUGGCCGCAUAAUCAAGGAUCCCGGAGAGGGGAGAUUCCGGCUGCGAUUUGACGAUGGCUAUGAGUGUGAGGUGGCGGGAAAAGAUAUUCUGCUAUGUGAUCCCAUUCCCUUGGAGACUGAGGUCACUGCUUUAGUGGAAGAUGAAUUUUUCAGCGUAGGUGUCAUCAAGGGUUAUAAAACAGAAGGUCAAGACCUCUUCUAUAGUGUAGAAAGGGAUGGCCAAAGGCAGUGGUAUAACAGGACAUCAGUCAUCCUCUCACUUGAGCAGGGAAACAAACUAAGGGAACACCACAGCCUUGGUCCCUAUGAGCCUUCCACGCUCCUGGCAAAGGCCUCUGACAUCAGCCUAGAUAACUUGGUGGAGGGCAAAAGGCGCCGCAGAGGAGCUUCCACUGGCUUGAGUACUCUUAACCACAGUUCCUCCAGCAGCCCAGGCCCUUCCAAGAGAAGGCUUAGGAGCAUGGAUAAUGAGAGCUCGCCGGCCAAAAGGAGCCGCCGCGUUCCUGCCGCCAAAGCGGCACAGCGGGUCGGUGUUUGCAACACCUCUGGUAGCGGUACGGAUCUUGCCCUCCAGCCGUGCGAUCUGGCAGAGACUCACGGCCCGAUGCCCCAGAAUGCAUCUCUCUUCAUGGGAUUCGCCUUCAUGCUGACGGUCUCGUCAGAGAGUGACCGGCUGAGCAAUAAGAUCACAAGUGACAAUGAGGAAGAGGAUUAUGUGCAGACUGGCCCAUUUAACAAAGUGUACACCGAGUCACAGCUACAGGCGGGUGGAGGCUUUGUCCUGCCGGACUUCAAUGAAGAACAGUGCAAGGCGGCCUACCAAAGUCUUCUCAUCGUCGACCAGCAUUGUCGUACCAGGAAGUACUUGCUGUGCUUGGCCAGCGGCGUGCCAUGUGUCUCGCAUCUCUGGGUGCGAGACUGUUGCAAAGACAACAAACUGCUCAACUACAGGAACUAUCUACUUCCUGCCGGUUUGGGACCAGACGAUGCCAUUGUGGAAUGGCACCCCCACUGCAGUCCUUUUAAGGACUUGCAUUUUUUCCUGGUGUUUGAGACGCCAAUGGAGCUUUGGGCCCAGCUCGCCACCUUGGGUGGCGCUUCUUCCGUCCGACAUUUUCACGCUGACAAGGAAAGCUCCGAUGUCCCAGCAGGCAAGUAUGAUGUUGUAGUCUCAGACCAUUCAUGCCCGCCACUGAUCGAGAAAAACGUGGCAUCACUUGAACUCCCGCUGGUGUCUCCUGAGUGGCUCAUCCAGAGUGUCAUCUGUGGGGAACGCCUCGGUUUCCAGAGCAAGCCUGAGUAUCGCCACAACUAUUAUUCCUUGACUUUGUCCUCCUCAUCAUAA